AUUACAGGUGAUAAAGGUGUGCAGUUGUUAGAUUGAAGGAAGGUGUGGCAAGGAUUUAUAUAUGAUAGGAUUAUCAAACUACGUAUGAAGGAUCAGUCCAUGAUUAAGAAAUGGCUUAAUUUAUUUGCUGAAAUAAAAAGGAAACUUGUCUAGGAAAGCAUGGGUUGCUGCGCAAAGUGUAUGACCAGAGUGCCUUACGGUACAUUUAUUGCUACAAUUCUCUGCUGUGCGGGUGUUUUAACGUUUCUGAUAUGUCUGUAUCCAGCUGUACGUCUUACGCUGCAGAUGUUUGACGAUAUUUUUACCUACAAUUUAGAAUGGUUAAAUUAUCUACGGCUCAUAUUCAUUAUCGUCGGUGCCUUUAUGGGCAUUCUGGCAUUCACACUUCUGAUUAUCGGGAUAUUUUCCACGGGAGCAACGAGAUCAAAGAUAUAUGGAGGCUGGAAGUCACGCGCUGGAGGACGGAUUUCAUCUGCUUUGUGCAUGGCUAUAGUGUACUUGCUGAACUUAAUAUGGCUAACCAUGGCAUGUUGUCUCGUUGUUGUGGUGUUCGUGUUUUAUGUUUGGGGAAAGAUGUGUGAAACGAAAUCCGAAUGCAUCGAUCUUCAGCAAUUUCAUUUCCUUUUCCGAAAUGGAACUGACAUAAAUACUCUGAUGAUCUGUGAAAAAAGAAAAAUAUUUUGCACUGAUACAGUUCAGCACGCAACACCAUAUUAUAUAUUAUCCUUUGCUGCUUCAAUAUUGGUUAUUAUAAGUUUGUUGCAUUAUACAAUGUGUCUUGCUGCAAAUUAUACAAGAAUUAAAGAUCAUGAAAAAUUCAAGGAUUUACAAGAACUUCAAUAUCUGCAAGAUUCAGAAAUGGGGACAUUGCCAAAAGAUCGCUUCUAGGACAUAAGCCAAGAAAUUUUCAAGGAAGAAAAGUUUUUUAAAAAACAGUGGAAAUCACACAGGUACACAGAAGUACCUAAGAACUACAACUAGUAAGGGAUUAGUGAGAAUAAUCAAAUUUUACAUCUAGUAUUCAUACUAUGCAUGAAUUUCUUUUUGUAAAUAUUUUGAGUUUUUCAUGUGGAAUUCUAUUCAUUCUUCCUUGGGGAUUUCUUGGCAAUACAAUACACACUAUCAUUUUAUCAUAUGAGAUUUUAAUGUUCUAUAUUUAGUCUUCACAUCAUAAGGUAGUGGGAAUUUUAAAUGAAUUCUGUAUAUAUAUGAUAUUCAAAUUAUUUAAAACUAUUUUCAUGCUUAAUUACAGAUACAUUUAUAGUACUAAAAUUUUGACACAAAACUCAGUAAGCAGUUUUAAUGAGCACAGCCAUAGCAAUAUUAGAAAACUUUUACAUAUUUUUAUUAUACUUGAUGCCAAACUUUCAUCUAUGAACGACACAUUUAAUGCAUAUGUGAUUAUAACUUCAAUUAAAAUUUCGUGAUGGAGUAUUUAGAAUAAUAGGAACUUAAUGAAAUAUGCAUUUACAGGAGCAAGAUAGACAUAUUUGAUAUACAAGAACAAGAUAGGCAUAUUUGAUAAUGUUUACUUUCAAUACCUUCAUGGUUGAGCACGAAACAACAUGAAAUUUCCUCAGAAUCCCCUUUUUUAAUGUGUGCGUAUGAUAAAUCUGUAAAUUAAUAACAUUUUUUGUGGCAUUUAUUUAAUGUUUAUAAUUAUAUUUCAUAAUCAAGUCCUGUCUCUAAUUUUUCUAAUAUUAUUUAUUCUUUGAUAAUUUAUAACACAUUCGCUCAUUCUUUCAAAAAUCAUUUUCUUCUGAGUGCUCACAUUUCACAAGAAAUAAAAACAGAUUGAUAAUCAAAAUAAUUUGUAAUAGUGUUAAACUCUUUUACAGUCAUUAAAAUUCUUAAUUUAUAUAAGAAUACAGCUUGUCAUAAAUGCAUACCUAAUGAUAAAUUACGACUACAUUUUGAAUCAAUAAGAAAUAAAAACUACAGUGAAAUCUUGGUUCACAAACUUACUUCAUUCAUCAAGGCCAUUCAUUAACCGAAGCAAUUUACCCCACAGGUAUUAAUGUAAAAUGGAUUAAUUUGUUCUUGUAUCACAAUUUAUUCUCAUUUAAAACUUUACAACAGUAUAUUUUGUGAAAUUCAUAGCCAAAACUGAUGGAAAUCAUUAAAUGAAGAGAAAUACAUAAACAAAAUAUUAAAAAGCUAAAAAAAGAUGAAAACACAAUUUAAUUUUACUAUAUCUGUACAAAGAAGAUGGCAAAAUGGAAAAUGAUAGGAAGAUGUUAUUUUUUGGAUGAAAAAUUACUGUAUAUAACUCUUAGCAUCUUCUUUCAUCUCUAAGCUCCACUUAAGACUCAUUGGGCCUCUGUUUCAAUCAAAAUUUGUCCAAACUGAUUUGUUGUUAAUUAAGUUUUAAAAUGCUUUCUAAAUGAAACAUUGGCAUCAUCAAUCAAAAUGCCUAUGCUGCUGCUUGUUACUGCUUUAUUAGGGUGAUGUCUUUAAGUGAACAGUUUGCAACUUACCCUAUUUUGCACAAAUUUCUUGGAUUCAAAGAAAUAUAAUAAUUUUUCUUCUUAUUCUCCUACUGAAGAAAUUUCUUCCUCAAUCAGCUUUUUUUGCUGCUUCUGAAACUGUUGCACUUUUUUUUAGCACAUUUUUGUGAUCCUCGAGUAAUUUCUUCAUAUCUUCAUUGUCAAUCAUGGUAAUAUCUUCAUGGUUUUUCUUUAGAGGCACAAUAGACAACAACAACAAAAAAGUCCUAAUGCAUCCUAACUGUUAAAAACCUCAACCCAACCAACCUAGCCAUCUUUUUUUCUAGAUCUGAUUCAUAGUAUUGUGAGUCAUUUACUACUACGCCUUUUUUAAAGAAAUUUAAGGAAUCAGUCAAUUAAAUAACAAAUAAUAAUAAGUUAAAUAGCUAAUAAUACUAAUUAACAGUAAUAAUAAGUCAGUUACAUGGCUUUUACAGAAAGCCUUCAGUUUUAAACAUUGAGGCAUAGGUUACCUCAAAAAAAUCAUUUGUAGCUGACUUGGGCAUUUGUAACUCGAGAUACCAUUUAUCAUCUAAGGUACUUCCUGUUCUGAUAAUUUGCUUGUGAAGUGAGGUGUUCAAGGCCUGGUGGCACAGUUGCUAGAACACUGAGCAGCAGCACCACAGGUCUGGGGUUUGAUCCCCCCAAAAAAAUCACUACCAUGUAGGGGACUAAACAUUGCGACAAGCUGACUACUUGUUCAGGCAAUAUGAACAAGCACCACAGGGCCCACAGUCUAGAAAGCAGAUAUCAAACAAGCACCACAAAGCCCAUGGUCUAGAAAGCAGAUAUCAGGGCACUGCCAAUUAUGGCUUUCUAAGGGCCGUUUGUGCCGGUGAGUUUAGUUUUUAGUGAGGUGUUCAUAAUCCAAGAUUCCACUGUGUACACUCAGAACAAUAAGUUUAAUAAUUAUAUAUUAUAAAGAAAAAAAUAUAUUGAAUUAAGAACAAUCUUUUAUGCAACUAUAAAUGACUGCUUAACAAUGACUUUUUAAUCCAUAAUAAUUUUACUUUUAUUCUUAAUGCACAAAUUAUACAUAAUUAAACACUGUAAGAAUUAUCACAGGAAUUAAUCUUCAAAAUUUUUUAUUCUUAUAUUAGAAUAAUGUUCAUAUUGUAAUCCAAAAUUUCUUCUUUCUGAUUUAUGCAAAAUUUAUAUUAUGUUCUAUAUUUAAAUCAUUCUUUUACUAUGAUAAUUGGCAUUUAAAUUCCUUAUGUUUUGCAUAUAUGUAUACACACACACACACAUAGAUAAUACACAAACUGAUGUAUAAAAGUAUAAAACUACCUCAAGUAACAUCAGAUUUCAAUGUUAGGGCCUCAACAAACAUAAGCAUGAGGAUUGUGGAACGCUUCCUUCAUUAUAUGUUUUUCUGGAGCAGAUAUUCAUCCAGAAAACCACUGCUGAAUGCAGAAUUCUCUUCAGUUGACAACUUCAACAUUAGACAAUUCAUGAAUGGAAAUUAGGAGCUUGAUUUGACGGUCACAUUUAUGAAUGUUUUGUGCAGAGAGAUAGAUCUGUGCCUGAAUAAAGAAAUCGUUAAUUAAUGGAUUCUAUGGGUCAACAUGAGAUUGUACAGGCUGCAUGUGGCUCUGUAAUGAUUUUGGGUUUAAUCAACUAGCAUUAAGCGGGACUGAAUGUAUUUGCUAUGCAAUGCAGCUUGUUACAUAAAACAAUCUUUCAAAUGCAACAAAACUGUAGACUGUUCUACAGAAAGAUAUGUCCAUUGCCUAUAGAAUACUGCCUCAUAUUUGUGGAGUUUGUUUUUAUGCAGUUCUACACUCGUGUACAGCCUUGUGUAUUAGGCUCAUCUAUUAUAAUUUUUUGGUUUUUCAGAGUGUGUGUAUACAUUGGUGUCCAAAAGUUAAGCAAUAAACAGAAAACCAAUAAUAACUUAAAUAGUAUGCAAGCAAAUUGGAUGAAACUUGGUGAUAAUAUUUAUUGUAUCACUUAAACACACAAGAAAAUGUUAUAUAAAGUAUUUGUAUGCUUUUUACCAACAGGAAUGAAUCUCCCAAAUUCAGACAUACACAUUAAGUGCAAAAAUAUUUCUCAAUAGUCAGUACAAUCACCCCGAACAGCAAUACAGGCCUGGAGCGGCGUCUAAUGCUGUUUAUGAUGUUGUCAAUCAUCAUGGGCAGCAAUGCCCAUUGAUUAUGCAAAGAAUUUCUAACCCAUCUUUGGGAGACCAGUAACAUGGCUGCCCAAGAGCAUCCCACACAUGCUCAAUGAAAUUAAUGUUGGAAGAGUGUGCUGGCCAUUUCAUUUUGACUAUAGUUUUUUCAAGAAAUUGACACGUAAGGUAAGCAGUGUGAGGGCAGAUAUUAUCUGCUUGCAAAAUGAAAAUAUCGCCAAUUGUGGCAGUAUAUGGAUGAAUAGUAGGAUUUGAUAUGCCAUCUUUGUACCUCUAAGCAUUGAGACUUCUAUGUGGCAGCACAAAGAAGACAUACAGGUUUGUGCACCCACCUGAAGAUACUGUUCCCCAUACAAGAACACUACCUCCUGCACAGGUAUUUCUUUUUGGUAUGUUAAGCGGAAGAUAUCGAGUGCUUGCUUCUUUCUGUAUGUAAAUACACUGAGAAUCACUUUGUAAAACAAAGUGGGAGUCAUCAGUGAACAGAGCAGACCUCCACUGAUUUUUGGUCCAGUUUACAUGACUAUAUGCCUAAUUCAAAUGCUCCCUCAGUGGCAGGAGGUAAGCAGGACACACAAUGCUGGCCGCUUAGCAUAUAGACCUCCUUCAUGCAGCCUUCUGUAGCUGAUGCUGUCCUUCCUGUAGUAGAGAUUAACGUGGAUAUACGUUGAGAUUUAGUUUCAGUCCUGUUGCGACAUGCACUAAGUCACAAUUAUCGAUCAUGUGCAGAAAUGAUAACUCUUGGCCUAUCUUCAAUUGAUUUUUGAGAGGCUAAUUAGUUAGAAAUUGGCUCCACAACUGGCUUACCAUGGAAUGGAACUUAUUUUUAUUUUCUAUUAAACACAACAUUCAUUUCUAUUACUCAUUUUUAAAAAUGACAAAUUUUUUAAAGAAUAUUUAAAAAAGAAGAAAUAUUUGUUAAAAAAACAGGUUAUUUUGCUUAAGUCUAUGGGCGGCUACGGACCUCGAACAAAGCUCAGAUCUCAUAAAUUUACGAGUGUCGGAGAAAAUCUUAAGCAUGAUUUUGGGGUAUUUAACUUUUGAAUUUAAUAGUUUAUUUUUUUGCAUACCCCUGGUUGAGAAUCGCUGAUCUAAAUAUUACGUCAUUCAGCUGUAAGAAAAAUGUUUAAGAAAAAUAAAUUAUGUUAACAGUUUGAUUCUAAACUAAUUAUGUGAAGAAUCAAUAUGUGUAUAUAUGUUGUUUUAUGUAGUUAUCGAUAUAGAUAUAUACAAAUUAUGUGUAUUAAUCUACAUAUGUUAAACACACUUUUUAUGUUAUAGUUGCAUAUUAUGCUUUUGAUGUUAAAAAAGUUUUCCUGUUAACUAUGCAAAUGAUUUGGUUUGAUCAUUGUAAACUGUCCAUUUCACUAAGUGCACUUAUUAUUAAAAUACAGUGUUUAAAAUUAAUUUAAUAGAGGGGAGAAAAUAUACACGAGGAAAAGGAAAAAAUUACGCAUAUGCUUGCUGGACAAUGUUUAAUUUAUACAUGCUUCUUUGAUUCAUGUUUUGGUUAUUGAUAAUUUAUUAAUUUGGAAUGAAAAUUAGUUAUGUACUUUUAUAUGUUUAGAAAAAUAUCUAGUAAUUUAAGAAGAACUAUUUAUUCAAUAAAUGUUAGUCUUCAUUAUUUUGAUACAAGACUGAAAUAUAAAGACUGUAAUUUAUGUUUGUUUGUAUUUAGAUAAUGUUAAUGUUUAUUAUUUUGAAAAUAAAAUUUUAGUUAAAUACA